CUCCUACACUCUCAAGACAGAUCGUCUUCAAGAAUCUUCUUCUCGAGACGUCGUGGUCUUCAGUAUUAUCGUUUCUCAUAGCUUGGACGCGCGGCCCGCGAGAUUGGAGAAUACCACCAAGAAGACGCGAGAAUACCUUCAAUGAGUUAAUAAUUACUGUUAUUAGUAGUAUAGUGAAGUGACAGUGAUUGUGUGGUGAGAAGAUACUUUCGUGAUAAAAAUGAGGACUUUAAUUGUUAAUGGAAUUCUCUGCUGCCUGGCCGUCGCCACGUUAGCCAUAGAUGAACAUCGUCCGAAGAAAAAAGUGGAAGAACGAGGGAAAAGGAAUCUAGAGUACCAAGUGUCUCAUCAUUAUUCAGCCCUGCCAUCAUACCGACUCGAAAGACGAAUCGCCAGUCUGGGAGGCCAGUACCAAAACCCACAGUACUAUCCCCGAUAUCACAAAGAUCCACAGAGUGAAGACCUACUAACAGAAAAUAACCAAAUUCAAGAUAACAUCGACCGAUAUGGAUAUCAGAAACCGCAUAUUAUCGAGAGACCAGUGUACAUAAAGGAGCCUGAACCCAUCAUCGAAAUUAUCAUCAAGGAAUCAAACGUUUCUUUACCAGCCCCACCGCCUCCACCCCCUCCGCCAAAGAAGAAAAAGGAACAGGUUCAGGUAUUUUAUGUGAAAUACAAAAAGAACCCUCAUAGCAGUGGUAAGGACAGCAUAAUCUAUGAUAAGCCGAUUCCAGCUAUUUCUCCACAUAUUCCUGAUGAUGAACCCAUUGAAGAACCAGCACCUUAUUAUCCGGAACAUGUAACAGCACCUCCCCCACCCAGUACGACUCUCAGGACUAUCAUCAAACCAGAUUCUGAAUAUUAUCACAGUCCGAGUGGAGUAAAAGUAACGUUCGGAAAAGAAGGGUUCGAUUAUGACAAAAGAUCAAGCAAAAUUGAAGAUUAUGCUCCAACUCCAAUAAAAUCACCAGCUCCUCAAGGAAGACAGCUGACAUCAUUUUCUAACACUUACUUUAAAAGUCCAUCACCUACUAACUUCCAAUCAUUACCACCAGGUUUUAGUUCCAAUGUUAGACAACCACAAACAUAUAGAACCAUUCCUCCCACUUCAUCAAAUUACAAACCAUUUGGACGACAAACUGCACCUUCCUCAAUAACACCACCUCAAAACUAUCCCUUCCAAAGUUCACCUUCAGCACCAUUCAGCAGCUUUUCACAACCUUCACCACCACAAUUUGGUCACAGUGUUUCUCAUCCACCUCCUCCUCGAUUCCAAAGUGCUUCUAAACCCAGUCUACCUCAAAUUAGGCAGCCAGUACCGUACAAACCAUUUGACAAUUUAAGACCACAGCAGUCGUUUGCUCAAACUCCAGCACAACGUCCUCCGAUACAAUUUAGACCAGAGACACAUUUUCCAAUUCAACAGCAGCUUCCAUUACAAGACGAUAUCCGAAAUUUCAAUUCCCCAAGAUAUCAAUUAAAUAGCGGUGAAGUACAAACUCGACAGCCAAUCCCACAGCAGUAUCAAAAAUUACCAAAUCAAGCUCAACCCAGUUUCAGACCACCUCAGACACAACCACAAUUUUCACCUAAAUUCCAGCAACCAGAUUUUCAGCAUAACUUUAAUAGACCACAAAUAACCAUACAACAACCACAACAACAACCCUUCCAGCAACAGAGUAUUGCACCUGCACCACCAUCAUCUCAUUUUCAACAACCACAACUUAAUAUCGCACAGCAAUUUCGCCAAACACCACAGCAAAUAAAUCCUCAACAGCACCAACAGCAAAUAAAUCCCCAACAGCAUCAACAGCAAAUAAAUCAGCAGCACCAACAGCACACUAAUCCUCCACAGCACCAACAGCAUUCUAAUCCUCAGCAGCAAAAUUUCCAAUCACAGCUACUUUCGCAGCAACAUCAACAACAAGGUUUUCUAUCUCAACAGCCUCUUUCACAGAACGACCAUUUGAAAAAUCUUCAAUCUGCUCAAAAUAUUUUACCUCCUGGAGGUCAACUUAUUCCUUCAGUCUCGAAAUAUGAAUCACAUAUAACUUCUGUGGAACCGACUGUAUCUGUACAAGGUUUGUCACCUCAGCAGUAUCAGCAGAAGAUUAUACAGCAAUUUAAUCAGAACAGUUUAUCCCAAGAACAAACUAGUCAAGAGCUAUUAAAUCGACAACAAACAAGGAGCCAUGAGGCCAGUAAAGAAAUUUUGACUCGUCAACAAACUUCAUCACAGUAUACUAACCAGUUUGCUCAUCAUCAGCAGAACUCAUUACCACAAUACAAUACUCAGGAUUCACUGGCACGUCAACAAAGCCUUCUAAGGCAACAAAACGAAGACCUGUUGAAACGGCAACAGAGUAAUGUGGAACAACAGAAGAAAUUAUUGCAAGAUAUUCAGAUUGAAAGGGAAAGGCAAAACUCAAUUCAACAUUACUUUUCAAAACCAAACUCAGGCGAUGUUGGUCCUCAACAGAAUGCUGGUGAUAGCCAGAAAAAACUGUAUGAGGAAAUUGAACGACAGAGGUAUCAACAAGAACAGCUUAGACAGUUUUAUCAACAAAAUCCUGAUAUUAAACAUUCAGCUGUAGAUGAUGCCAGAAACUCCCAACAGCCUACUUUUAACCAGGAAUACCAGAAACCAACUAUAACCAACAGUGUCUCAAAGGAGAUAUACGUAACAACAACUUCCACGACGACAACCCCUGCUCCCUCAACUCCUCCAACGACAACCAAGGAUCCAAAGAUAUUGGAAGCGCAACUUCCAGAUGAAGUUCCUGAAGACUUAAGACAGCAAUUGUUGUCGUCUGGUAUAUUAAACCAUGCCGAUAUUUCUGUGCUGGAUUACGAUAAAGUGGGAGACAUACCGAUUUCUGCUUUGCCUCCAGAUCAGCUAGCAAACUUCUAUGGAGCCGGAGGUGCAGCACAGUUAGAAUCAGGCAGUGACCCAGUACCCUCGGUGGUACGGAAAGACGGUACCGCCAUCGAGAAACGAGCAGAGUUUGACGCGCAGGAACCAGAACCAGCCGCUUCGGAAUUGGUACAAAAAGUUGUGGCGAGCCCGUUGGUCGCAGAGCCCUCUGGUGUCGAGAUGAAGGUGGUUCGGUACGAUCCGGACACCGACAAAGGACAACAGGUGCAGGAAAAGUAUGUCGAAGACGAGGCGUACCAUGUGGAUCCGGUGGUACUUAACGAUAAUAGUUAUAACAGGUAUCUGCCCUUGAAAAUCAACGGAACACAAUUCCCCAUUCCAGACGUUCCCGAACUAAAAGGGAAGAGAAUUUCUAGUGUGGUUGUCCUGGCUCCAGUGAACUUCGACUUUUCCGCUGAAAGGAAAACAAGGGAAGCUACGGGAGACUCCGUACCGUCUGAUAUGGAUUUGAUCGAAGGGACAGCACUCAAAGAAUUAUUAUUGAAUCCUUCAAUGGAUAAUUUUAGAAGGUUUUUGGAGAACGAGAAUAAGACUACUAGUGCCAAGCAAUCGGUUAUUUUGUUGAUUGCAGACUCUCCUUCGAAGGACAAACAGCAAGAGAUAUUCAUGUACGAUGUAGCUACUCAAACAGUCAGCAAACUGAGCGGAGAAUUGUCAUCAGCUUUUGUAGAAGCAGCAGAAGCAAACUCCAAUGAAAGUGGAGAGACGGCAGAAGCUUCCAACGCCGUAGAAAAAAGAGUGCCUUAUUCUGGCAACGCAGACAGAAGAAAAUCCAUCGAUGACAGAGAUUCAGAAGAUGGUGCAAGUGAAGUGUCACGAUCUAAGGUGCCAAUAAUUGAUCCUCUACAAGAAGAAGACAUGGAAACGCAAGCAUCGCAGAAUAUAGAAACGUUCGUCGAUAUCUCUGGACGCCCCAUUAAAGACUUGUCAUUUUCAUCCAGUAAUUCUCAUCAAUCCAAUUUCAUCUCACAAAGUUAAAUUAUAGAAAAGACUGGUCGAAAAGUAUUGUACAUAUAUGUUUAAAAGCAGUAUAAAGAGGCUUGUGAUAAGAAGAAAUUAGAGAUUAGUGCCAUUUUCUUUAAAAGAGUAAUAUUUAUCUUAAAAAAUUACUGGUUCUGGGUUCUGUAGAUGUUGUGGAUAGGUUUAAAUUAAAAAUACUAUAACUUCACUUUAUGAUGUUAAUAGCAAGAAGAAAACGGUUCUAUACUUACCAAAAAAUUGGUCAAUUCUUUUAUCUCAAGUUUCUUUGGACAGUUUGGGCACUGCCUAUAUAUUGAGAGAUGUAAAUUAUUUGAACUAAUCCAAAAUACAAAAUUAAGAGCUACAAACAUUUUAUUUUAUAGUUGAUAUAAAAAUACAAAAAUAGUUGAUUAUCUGAAGUUUCCAAGAUUUCCAAAUUCCGUAUUGUCCGACUGAGAACUAGAUAGAGAUUGUGUCUUCUGAGAAUGCGAAAUAAUUCUUGUACGCAGAGCGCGAGAUGAGAAUAUCCUAACUGAGGACGUGAGAGAGUAUUAUAGAACAUCGAGAUAAUCAUCCGACUUCAGAGUUGAGGAUGUACGUUACUGCAAAAUGCCGGCUAUUUAUGGGAACUUUAGGCAAGCGGAGAUUUUAACGAUUGUUUUUAUGGUUUUCUAAUUUGUAAAUUUAGACGUAAUAAAAAAUUUACUGUGAUCGACUAUUAAAACGUUUUAGUAAAUAUAGAAUGACAAAAAAUACAGGUGUGUGGAUAAGUUACAAAGGCUGUAACAACAGUAUGUCUUUAUUUAUUUAAAUUUACUCAUUAGUUUAGACAAACAAUGAGAACAAACAACAAAAAUUUUGGGUUUAAAUUUCUAAAUGUUUUGGAUCUUGAAAAGUAUUUUAGUACGUUCAAAUGUAGAAUCUCCGAAAUUAAAUUUUCUAUAGGAUAAAUUGUAAUUUCGAUAAUUAGCACAUCCAUAAAACUAAGGAGUUUAUUUUUUAUUACACAAAUGAACAUUUUAAAUGCAGACUAGAACAUUUUUCUUUUUUUUUUGUACGUUUAAAUAUAUUUAGUUUUCAGAAAACUAUUCUAGAUAUGUUUUAGAACUUUUUGUUUUCGAACAUUGGUAGUACUGAACAGUAAUUAAUCAUUAUACCAAACCGAAUUUUUCCAAUUAUCUGUUUACUAUGUCCUCCCCACACUAGUUGUUGGUUAGAUAGUUAGUUUUUUAACUAAAAAAUUCUUCUCUCGCAUUGUGUAUAACAAUUGAUUCUUUUAUACUUAACUACAUACAAAUAUAAAAUAAAUUUUUCGUUCACUUCUUUGUUACUUAUAAGUACCAUUUUCCCGCAUCAAAUUGAAGCGUUUUUUUUCCUAAUGCUUUAGUUUUAUUUAGAGAUCUAUUUAUCUGUCUGAGAUUUAUUUUUUAACCUUUCAGUAAUCCUUGCCUCAUGAUACCUUCUUGAGAAUACAUUUCUGUAUUGACAUUAUGAUCAACCAUUUAUUUUUCACUUGCGCGUUACAAAAAUGGUUUGUUUCUUUGCCUCCUUUAUACUAAAAGUCUUCAAGAUUUGUUAAAGAAUUUGACUAUAAAGGAGGCAGAAAAAGUAUGCUCACGUCUAUUCCUAUUCCGAUCAGAGUGUAAAUGAUCUAUAACAUAUUAGUCCAGGGAGCAUCUGUUUUCAGAUGGACGUUGAGAGGUGACUCAAUUUUUUUUUGCGGAAAUUGCUUGAAAAUAGCUCAAAUAAUAAUAUUUGAGUUAUCCUCCCACUUUGAGACCGGAACAUUGUUUAAAUAAUCAAAAUGUCAAAAUAUGAAGGAAAAAUUCGAUUUUUUAUUGGUUUUUUGAUUAUAACUUUAAAACUAUUCAUUUCUGAGAAAAGUUGUACUGACAUAAAAGUUGCGAAAUUAAAUUUCCUACAAUAUAGAAUUGGUUAAAAAUUUAAAAAAUAUUCGUCCUUUUUGAAAAAUAGCAAUAAUUGCGAAAAAAAAACAUACAAAAACAAGUAUUCGCAUUUUACGUUUUUGAACCAUUUAUGCUACACUUAGGACCUUCAUAUUUUACGCAGAAAAACUUUAUGAUAUAUAAAACAGCACUGUAAAUGUCAUUAAGAUCGGUUUAAUAUAUUUUGCAAAAUAAAUUUUGCAAUCCUAUUUCGCAAAAAAAAUUCAUUUCUUUUUAAUGUUGCAGGACUGAAAAUAAAGCAGAUAGCAAGUUGAAUUUUUUUUUGCUUAUAGAAGUGUACUGUACCUUUCAUCUGCAAUUUACAAAAUUUAAAUCGAUUAAUUACCACGGCGUCAGGAAAUUUUUUAAAUAAACAAUAAUUUUUGGUGCUACGCGCAGGACAGCGGUGUUCGAUUCACACAAGUUGAUUUCCACCAAAAUUUCUUCCAAUCUUUAUCUAAUAUAUUAUUUUCUUACUCUUUAUUUUGUUGUAUUUUAAUAUUUUAAUUCCACAAAAAUCAAAUUAAUUUUAUUAUUGUUUGUGAAAUAUUGUUUAGAGACAAUUACAUUUGUUUAAAAAUAAUAAACUUUUAUUCUUCUAAGUUAAAAUAAAUGAACAAAGAAAGUUUUUGCUAAAAAAAGUGUUAUUUCAAAGGACAGAUUAUGUGUUUUUAUUUUGCAAUAAACAAAUUUAUUUAUUUAUAGCCAAAUGUAAUAAAAACUAAAAUGUAUCAUUAUCAAAGGUUUGGAAUGCCCAAUCAGAGCAAACUAUCCGCUGUCCUGCGCGUAGCACCAAUAAUUAAUGUUUAUUUAAAAAAAUUCCUGACGCCGUGGUAGUUAAUCGAAUUUAAUUUUGCAAAUUGAAAAUGAAAGGUACAGUAUACUUGUAUAAGCAAAAAAAAUUUCAACUUGUUAUCUGCUUUAUUUUCAGUCCUGUAACAUUUUGAAAAAAUGAAUUUUUUUGCGAAAGCUGGAUUGCAAAAUUUAUUUUGCAAAACCUAUUGAACUGAUCUAAAUGAAAUUUACAGUAUUGUUUUACUGUAUCACAAUGUUUUUCUUAGUGAAAUAUGAAGGUCCUAAGUGUAGCAUGAAUGGUUAAAAAACGUAAAAUGCGAAUACUUGUUUUUGUAUGGUUUUUUCGCAACUAUUGCCAUUUUGCAACAAGUGUGACUAUUUUUUAAAUUUUUAACCAAUUCUAUAUUAUAGGAAAUUUAAUUACGCAACUUUUAUGUCAGUACAACUUUUCUCGAAAAUUAAUAAUUUAAAGUUAUAUUCAAAAAACGAAGAGAAAAAUCGAAUUUGUCCUUCAUUUUUUGACAUUUUGAUUAUUUAAACAAUGUUCCUGACAUUUUUGAUACGGAGGAUAACUCAAAUAUUAUUAUUUGAGUUAUUUUUAAGCAAUUUCUGCAAAAAAAAUUGAGUCACCUCUCAACGUCCAAAUGUACUAAUAUUUUUACAGAUGCGCCCUGGUCUAUAUCCUGAUAGAGGAUAAAGUAGUAUUAGCUGUUGCUGUAAAUAUAUUGAAACAUACUUAUCUGUUAGUUUUUUUAAUCUGCUUUAAAUUUUUGUUUAUCCUUUUUUCUGUAUUGAUACAUAUUGAUUUUGUAUGCUUAUAGAGUUAGCAAUAUGUACUUAUUACUAUUAUAAGUAGUAAUAGUGGUCGUCUUGUAGUAGUAUUUUUGUGGUCGUGUUGUAUUUUUAAUCUACCCCUUACUAACCUUCUUCAUUUCAUAAUUGUCAAAACUUAUAAUUAACAACAUUUUUCUUUGACAAUCUUAGAAGGAUUUUCUUUUCUUUUCUUUUCUUCUUCCAUUCAAUAACCACUUUUUAUUCUUGAAUUUCCUUUUUAGUUUUUUUUUUGUUUAAUUUUUUUCCUAUUUUCUAUUUAACCCAUUCGCUUCCGGGUUACUUCAGUCAGGUGCCGUUCACGUGCCAGCAAAUGAUAUGGUUACUUCAGUCAGGUGCCGUUUAACAGACUUGCUCCUAUCCGAGUUGAUGGGCUAACAGAAAAAUAAUUAUUAUUGCAUAAAUUCUUGAUCUUAAUAUUUUUCAUUUGCAUAUAUAUAAUUUUCUAUGCUUACUGCCUUUUAUGUAUCAUUUAUACCUAUCAACAGUACAUAUUAACAGUAACAUAUUAACUUACGAUCACUAAAAAUGAAUGUUUAUCACUGUUUCAUCAUUUAAGUAGAAAACAUUUUUUAGGAUAGGUACCUAUACAAUAUUAUUUGGUAAAAUUGUUAUUAAAAAAUAUGCCCCUUAGUUUUAUCAGUUGCGCUACUGGUAGAAAAGGUAAAAGCUUGUAUUAUUAUUGUGUUAUUUGCAAUAAAAAUAUUUGAUGAGGUUUAAAAUGUAUGAUCUGACAAGGUUAUUUGUACAGUGUAAAAUAUAUAAUAAUUAUAUUAUUUUUAUAAUAAAUAAAUAUGAAUUUAA